GGGCAUUAAGACAAAUUUAGAGGGGGCUCCGUGUCUGCAACACCUCCUUUCACUGCAAGAUGAAUACCGUUCUGCCUUGCCAAGACCAGUACUUUGUAGGAGGCCAGAACUGUAAUUGCCCGUAUUCCACUACAACGUCAGAUUCUAGUGUUGAUGUUUCCACGGAGACUUGGGUCUCUUUCUGGGCUACUGGUCUCCAGGACAACGGGGAACCCCAACAGGCACCACAGGCACAGGAAGCAUCCAGUGAGCCAAAUUUCCCUGUUCCUAAUUCCUGUCCAUGGGAAGAUGCUCAACUUUCCUCUCAGCUCUACAGAAACAAGCAGCUCCAAGAUACCCUAGUACAGAAGGAAGAAGAACUUGCCAGAUUAUAUGAAGAAAACAAUCAUCUCAGACAAUACCUAAAUUCUGCUUUAGUUAAAUGUCUUGAAGAAAAGGCCAAGAAAUUGCUGUCAUCAGAUGAGUUCUCCAAAGCAUGUGGAAAAUUCAGGAAGGGGAAGAGGAAACCCAAAGAACAAAGAUAUUUUCCUCCUGAGAUUCCCCAUCACAAAAAUGCUAAGAGAAAUCUUUCUAGUGAACUUGCUAACUGUGAAGAACAAACCGGGCCCCCUGUGGACCCCGGACCCCCUGUGGACCCCUGGGUCCUUCAAACGCUUGGGUUAAAAGACUUCAACACCAUUGAUGACACCGUUUCAGCUAACUACAGUGCCUUUUCCUCUCAUCCCAGAAGAAUCACCAGCAUGUUCCCCCAGUUUCCAGAUGAUGUAGUUGGUAAUGAAAAUUUUCCCAGAGAAAAUCUGCCAGGUGACUUUGGUGGAGAGGAGACAACCCCUUUAGACAGCACUGCCGGGCACACGGAUGUUCACUUCCUUUCUCAACUUCCAACCCCCACUGAAGGGUUGCAAACUCCUCCUUACUGCACUUCUGAUGUGUCACCUAAUAAGACAGAGAUGGCGUUUUCCACAUCCCUGAGCCCUCACUGUAAUGUGAAAACUCAUUCCUUUCACCAGGGCCAAGCCUUUGUCUGUAGAGAUGGGGAAGGAGGCUGGAAGUUUACUUGGGUCCCCAAGCAGACUUAG